AUUACUCUUCUACCAUCUUGUAUACAAAUUCACCAAAAAUCCCUAAAGCUGCCUCCAAAAUUCCCUUAACAGAUCUCCCUCCCUCUAGAUCAAAUCUCUUUUCUUGAAUUUCCUUCGACCCCAUUAGUAAAAAUCCAAUCUUUAACCCAUUAAAGUUCAAAUCUUUACACUUUUUCCACCAUCCCCUCACCUAUUUCUCGAUACACCUUCCUUCAAGAAUCCUAGAUUUGUUCAAUUCUUGCUCUUUUGCUUCAGAUCUUGAUUGGAGUAGUUGUUGUAUGUAGCUGUGUUGACCGAGUGUGAAUUGGGUGAAGGAGGUCUUUUGUGUGGAUUUCUUGAAUACAUGAUGAAUUAGCUAAAAAUGGGGUAUACCCAUGUUUGAUAUUUGCGAUUUGGAGCGGUUGUGAAGAUUUGAUUCUUUUAGCUGCUGGUUUAUUGUUCUGAAUACUUCCAUGGCUUCCUUGGAUAUGACUCUUGAAGAUAUGAUAAAAAGUAGGAGAAAUAGUGAGAAAGGAGGUAGAGGACAAGGCAGGGCCCGACGUGGAAGAGGGCAAGGAGGAUCAUUUAGAGGUGGAAGAACAACAGGAGCUCCUCGUAGAGGGGCACUUGGUGUAAAUGCUCGGCCAUCUGCCAACAGAAUUGCCAAGAAUUUCCGCAGAACCAAGAAUAUGCCAUGGCAGAAUGGCUUGCUUGAAGAUAGUCUUAGAGCUGCAGGGGUGUUAUCAUCAGGACUAGAGAGUGGCACUAAGGUGUAUGUUUCCAACUUGGAAGUUGGAGUGACAAAUUCAGAUAUAAGGGAACUCUUCUCCGAGAUCGGUGAACUGAUACGGUAUGCUAUCCACUAUGACAAAAAUGGUCGCCCAAGUGGUUCAGCUGAGGUGGUUUUCGCCAGGAGGAGUGAUGCAUAUCAAGCACUUAAAAGAUACAACAAUGUUCAGUUGGAUGGGAAGCCAAUGAAGAUAGAAAUUAUCGCUCCAAAGCCAGACAUUCCUUUAUCAGCUCGUGUAGAUGUUGGACGAGUAAAUGGAAGGAGGACAGUUGUCAUGCCGGGCUCAGCUCGUGGAAGAGGUGGUGCAUCUGCUGCUAAUCGUGGAUCAAGUCAAAGGGGCAAUGGUGGCUUGGGUAAUGCAUCAGGACGUGGGCGCGGUCGUGGCCGUGGACGUGGAGGACGCGGUCGUGGUGGUAGGGGAAGGAAGAAUGGCGUUGAGAAGUCAGCAGCAGAACUUGACAAGGAGCUGGAAAACUAUCAUGCCAGUGCAGAAGCUAUGGAGACCUAAAUAUGUUCUGCACUUUCAAGAACCAGCAUGAACGUUUGCUGUAAAGUUUCCCGACUUCUAUACUAGUUAUUCUGAUAUUUUCGGAGGAUGGUUGUGUAGCGUCAAUAUUAGAACACGUCGAUGCGAGUUAGUAUAACGACUGUAUGUUAGCUUUGUUGCUCUACUUUUGGUGUCCAUCCAAGUAGUAACCAUGGACCUGCAACUAUUCCUUCUACUUCUUUGUCCUCUUUUUAACCGUUCCUGUAGUUGAAUUGUACAGCAACUGGGCUACGUGUUCCACUGUUUUGAGAUGUGAGAUGCCGAUGAUGAUGAUCA